AUGGCCCAACUCCACUGCCUCAUGACAAAGUUCUGCAGAGACAUCAAACUGCUAAAAAUUCCAGGGCCCUGGAGACUGAACUCCCAGCGCCAGCACUCUGCACCCGCGACUGCUAGGGACGCAGAGCGCCCGCAGCCCCGAGAGCGUCAGCGCGGGACCCGCCUCCGCCCGGGCCGGCCUUCGUGGCGGCGUGAUGACGUCACCUCGCUCACGCCAAGAUGGCGGCGUGGCCACGCCCAGGCCGGCUCCGGGACGCGCGUGGACACGGAAACGGACACCUUCCCGGAAGCGCCCAGGGAGGCGCUCGGCACCUUCAGUAUCUUCAUCAGACCAGAUGCUUUACCUUCAGGCUCACAGCAUUCAGAGCAGUUCUCUUUGAUCCCUGUCAUCUUUGCCCAAGCAACUCCAUCCAGAAUAUCACAAAGAUUAAUGCUAACUCAACAAAUGGAGAAUAAAUUUGAAGAUCAAAUUAUGGAAAAGACGUCUCAGGUGAAAGCAGCUGAUACUGCUUUUGAAAGGAACCUUAAUCUUUUAAAGGAUAUAGAUGUAGCAGAAAAGUCUCUACAAACCAGGAUUCACUCAUCGCUACCACCUGAGGUGGUUUCUCUUGAGACUCUUUACUGGGCAUCAGUGAAAGAAUAUAUUCCCAAAUGGGAACAAUUUCUUUUAGGAAGAGCACCACAUCCUAUUGGUGCUGAAAAUCAAAAUGAAGGAAAAAGUACCAUUCAAAAUGAGAUACAGCGCUAACUUCACAUGCUGUUUUGAAACAAUAAACAAACAACCUGUUUAGUAAAUCUUAAUAAAUACGUAGGUCUCUAAUCUGAGAGAAUGAAUUUCUUCAUAUUAGCUCCUUAAUGAAGGUGAAUAGGAGAGAAUCUAUUCAGUUAUUUGAGCUAUCACUUAGACCUAUUAUUAAUUUAUAAAUUUGCCUUUUGUUAAUGUGAUGAAAAUGUUUAAAAGCACUGAUAUUUGGAAAGUUUAUUAAAUAAACUACAAAAUGA